AGGCAACUUUUAAUACAACAGAGAAAACAUUGCCUACUUUUACUACCAGUUAAAAUCUUCAGUGCCUUGCCAACCGUUGCCAACCAACCUAACCAAAUUUAUGGCAACUUUUCACAAAUAUCCCUAAAUCCUAGGGAGUAAUUUCUUGUUGAUACGAUAAUAUUUCCUCAAUUUAAAAUAAUAUCGUUCAUCAACGAUUUCGGUUCUUCCGUAUUUCGUGUUUGUUUGACUGCCGCGAAGUCUGAAAUUUGAAUUUAUGGAAUCUAACCCAACUUUUUCUCUCAUGUGCAAAAAAGAUUAUUUAUUUAUUACGAUUAAAUGGCAUUGAAUAUGAGAUUUUUAAGAUUUAAGCCACUUUUAGGACCUUCUAUUAAAUCUUUUAGUUUACAUUACAAUGUUCAAAGGUUCUCAGAUUUAACGUGUAAGAAACUCAAAAACAAUAUUAAUUUAGUUGGUUGUUGCCAAAGCUAUGUUUUACAACUUCAUACAAGCUCGAUUUCGUUUAAGCGACGAAAAACUGGCGAGGAAAAAAAAAUAAACCGAGUUUUGGAGUACCACAAAGUCAAGGGCGACGUCGUGGAAGUUUGGAAAGACAUAACAGCGGAAGAACUCGCCAAAGUGCUAAACAAAGACUUCAACUAUGUCAAAGAGAUCUUCCUACAUGAGGUAAAGAGCCCCAAAACUGUAAUAAGCGAUAUGAAGUUCCUCCAACAAGGCAUACGACGUAGCGGCCACCGUAUGAAAAUAAUCGCCAAACCUACCGACGACAUUGAGGUUGAAAUUAUUGAAAAAGAUGCAUUUCCAAGACCACCUCCCUCGAAAUCUGACCUGAAGAGUCGCCCCCCUGUUGUGACAGUAAUGGGCCAUGUCGAUCACGGAAAAACAACACUUCUUGACGCUUUGCGACACUCCAGUGUUGUUGACCAGGAAUUUGGGGGAAUCACACAACACAUUGGUGCUUUUUUGGUAGUUCUUGAUUCAGGGGCUAAGAUCACGUUUUUGGACACUCCGGGACAUGCGGCAUUCAGCGCGAUGCGAGCAAGAGGGGCAAAUUUGACCGAUAUCGUGGUUUUGGUGGUUGCGGCCGAUGAUGGGGUCAUGGAGCAGACCCUUGAAUCCGUUCGCAUGGCCAGGGAGGCCCAAGUGCCAAUACUUGUCGCUAUUAAUAAAAUUGAUUCCCCUAAAGCUAACAUUGAGAGAACUGAACAAAUGCUACUUGAAGCUGGGAUUCACAUAGAGAAAUUGGGUGGAGAAGUACAAGCUGUACCUGUUUCAGCCCUCAAAAAGCAAAAUUUGAACCAAUUAACUGAAGCCUUGGUUUUACAAGCCGACUUGCUCGAAAUUGGGGCUGAUCCUAAAGGUUUGGUUGAGGCGGUUGUGGUCGAAAGUAAAUUAGAUCCUCACAGGGGGAAACUAUGCACUGUUAUAGUACAAAGGGGAACCUUGAAAAAGGGCGAUAUUUUAGUUGCGGGGGUUUGUAUGGGCCGAGUUAGGGUUCUUCGGAAUGCAGAUGGUCAAAUUAUGAAUGAGGCACCUCCAGGUUACCCUACAGAAAUUGAGGGUUGGAAGGAUUUACCCGUUCCUGGUGAACUGGUACUGGAGGUAGAAUCGGAAAAAAUGGCAAAGGAUGUUAUCAAAAUACGGGAAAGUAAAUUGGAAAGGGAGAAACAAGAACAAGACGCUGUGGUUAUUGCUGAAAAACAGGCUUAUCACGAAAAGGAGUAUAAAGAGAGAUUGAAGUUGAAAAGGAGUUUAGGGAGGUUUAAGUUGAAGAGAGAAGGGCCAAGGCAGCCGGAAAUCCCUAAAGACGACGACCCAACUCCGACUCUGAAUAUCAUUGUAAAAAGUGAUGUAGAUGGUACUUUGGAGGCUAUAUUAAACACUUUGGACACCUACGACUCUCCUGAGUGCAAAAUGGACUUGGUUCACUAUGGAGUGGGUGCUGUGAGUGAAAAUGAUGUCGAGUUAGCACAAGCUUUCAGGGGAAUUAUUUACGCAUUCAAUACCAAUUGUCCUAAAAAUAUUCAAGAGUUAGCUGAAAACUCAGGUGUUAACAUUAAGUUUCAUAACGUAAUUUACAAAUUAGUGGACGAUGUGAAAGCAGAAAUCAACGAUAGAUUACCACAAAAAGAACAGGACGAAGUAUUAGGCGAGGCCACAGUUUUGCAACACUUUGAAAUCAAUGACGGGAGGAAAAAAGUGCAGGUGGCGGGGUGUAGAUGUGUCAAGGGGGUGUUGAGGAAAUCGGCAUUGUAUAGGGUUGUAAGAAAUGGACAAAUUAUACACGAGGGCCAAUUAUCGUCGAUGAGACAUUUGAAAAAUGAAGUUGAUUUAAUUAAAACUGAUGUAGAAUGUGGCCUUCGACUACAAGAUAAAACAGUUGUGUUCCAACCCGGCGAUUCCAUUAUCUGUUACCAAAAAGUGACAGUACCUCAAGUGACCACUUGGGACCCUGGAUUCUAAGGAUGAAAACUAGUAGAAUAUUUGAUAAAAUUUAAUCACUUUAAUAAAUGUACAGUUACGAAUUUGAUGCCAUUUGUUGUAACAAACUCAUCAGUUUAUGGAACCUGUUUUUAAUUUCUGCAACGGAUCGGUUUUGCAACACUUGGGAAAUAUGUUUGAAGUUUUCCUCGUCAUCACUACGUUCUCUAAAGGCUUGUAAAAUAAUCUUGUCUUCUUCUCUACUCCAGGAGACGCUUUGUGGCCCACUUACAUUUGUUGAACCAACUGCUUCAUCACUGUCGGUGUUUGUGGCAUCUUGAGACGACUCAAAACACUCUACGAACAGAAAAUAAUAAUAAUUCAACACUUUUACAAAUCAAAGAUACUUUAAUGCAAAAAUUGUCUCUUUAUUCU